CCCCCCCCUGAAGUUGCUAAGCUCGUGCAUUGUAGCCCUGCAUGGAGCAGCGGUCGCAUCAGCUGGGAUGCAGCGCUCGGGCGGGCACUAGGCUGGAGCGCAAGGGGGGGAAAGCAGCGGCCGCCGCUUCUCCUUCUCGCUGGGCAGCGCCUGGAUCUCCUGUCCCAUCUCUGCUCUUCGGUGGAUUAAGGCUGUGAAGUGACCAUGGGGAAGCAGAAUAGCAAACUGCGUCCAGAGAUGCUCCAGGACCUGCGGGAGAACACUGAGUUCUCGGAUCUGGAGCUGCAGGAGUGGUACAAGGGCUUCCUCAAGGACUGUCCCACCGGCAUCCUGAACGUGGAGGAGUUCAAGAAGAUCUAUGCCAACUUCUUCCCCUACGGCGACGCCUCCAAGUUUGCCGAACACGUCUUCCGCACUUUUGACACCAACGGGGAUGGCACGAUCGACUUCCGAGAGUUCAUCAUCGCCCUGAGCGUCACCUCCCGGGGCAAACUGGAGCAGAAGCUCAUGUGGGCCUUCAGCAUGUAUGACCUGGAUGGUAACGGCUAUAUCAGCCGGGAGGAGAUGCUGGAGAUCGUGCAGGCCAUCUACAAAAUGGUUUCCUCGGUGAUGAAGAUGCCUGAGGAUGAAUCAACUCCAGAGAAGAGAACGGAAAAAAUCUUCCGACAGAUGGAUACUAAUAAUGAUGGCAAACUCUCUCUGGAAGAGUUCAUCAAAGGUGCCAAGAGCGACCCCUCGAUCGUGCGGCUGCUGCAGUGCGACCCCAGCAGCGCCUCGCAGUUCUGAGCCCUCCCGAGGGGAGUGGGGGAUGGGACCCAUCCUCUCCCGAGAGCACUGCCAAGACACCUGACCUCACAAAAUCCCCGGCUCCGCCACAGAGGCCAGCUUCCCAUAAUCCUCUGGGUGAACGGACAUGGUCCCAUGAAACGACAGCACGGCCCCUGUUUUCUCAACUCAUCCACUCUGCUUCCCUCACGCCGAGUCCGUAGCCACGGCCUCGGGAACGUUCAGCUGGUUCUGGGGCUCCCGGGGCGGGUGGGAGGCGGACAGAACAGGACCUAGCUGGAAACCACCUUCACGACGCCUGUGGGCUGGAGCACAGGGCCAGGCUCAGCAUUGUCCUCCGGGGGUCCCUGGGAGGUGGGGCCAGGCUCAGCAUUGUCCUCGGGGGGGGGGUCCUGGUCUCCCUGCUCAGGGUCUCUGCCUUGUGAGGUUGCACAAUGCAGCUGGGCCUUUCCAUCGCUGUAUGGGAAGUGGCAGCAGGGAGAGAGAAAUAGCUGCCCCUCCUUUAAGCUUCUGCUCCUCCACAGGGGGAAGGAGGAGCUGCUAAUCUCAGCCCACAACCCAUCAGCUGCACUAGCUGCCUGUGGUACCCCGAAGGGGGUGUGUGUCUAAGCUCACCGUCUCCCCUCCCCCCAGCAGGGACACAGGCAGAUGCUCUUACCCCUUCAUUGCCCCCCAACUGCCGGUCCUGCAAAAUGGGAGGGAUGCAGCUGCUGCAGGGCCAGCAUGUAGCUGUAACGAAGGGCCACUUCCCUGGCUGGGUGAGGCUGCGCUCCAGGCUGCCUAUGCGGGUUUCCCUGAGGACUGACUGGUGCUUUGGGGGGCACGACCCCUGGGCCCACUCGUAGGGGAGCAGAGGGGGCCCGCGCCCUCCCUUCUCGAGAUGGUUGCCAUAGGUGAAGCUAGAGGGAAUAGGCUGGUGUCUCUGCAGCUAGUAGAGACUGGGGGGUGGGAUCCUUGGGCUAGGUCUGCAGGAGGCUCCUCCUAGGAGCAGGAACAGAGCUAGGUAUUUCCCCAUGCAGCUCGGGAGAGGCUAUCCAGACCGAACACUUCCCUCUCUUCUAGCUUCUGCCAGGAUUUUCCAUGGAGUCAGCCCCAAAAGCUUAGCAGCGAGCGCCAGAGCAAGCCAAGCCCCCGGCUUCUGCCAACCCCGGUGCACAGCAGGGGCCAGGGACUUUCUUCAGGCCGCUGUUUAAAGACAAGCCGGUCAAGAGCGCACACGCCAGGUGAGCGCGAGCCCAGCCCUGGGGCCACACAGAGGCUAAAGUUGGGGGCUCCUGGAAGAAGCUUGAGGGGGAAAGGUAGGUCAGCAAGGGGAGGGGCUCUGGCUGCACCCCCAGAGACUGAAGGGGGCGGGGGGAGUAAUCAGCCUGCACAGGGGACUUGCUCUCACAGCUGGUGUCUGAAGGGGAGUUAAGCAAAAUUAAUUCCCAACAGGGCUAGGGGUGCCAAAGCCCAGCUGGGGGCAGGGGGGAGAGGUGCCAGAAUGUGGCCAUGGCAAAGCCUCUCUUACUGAGCCAGAAGUUGGACUUCCUGCCCUCUCCCCCAGUGGCCGUAUAGAGUAGGACACCACCCCUGACAGUGUCCUGGUGGAAGGGGAUGUGCCCAUCUCUACAGCCUGCCCCAGCUGGAAGGCAGGGGCUGAGUAAGGCCCGGGGGGAGGAGAGACAGUGGUAGCAGCCUCAGCCCUUGGGCUGCCCCCCCACCUCCCAGCUGAUUGUAGCCUCCCCCACUUAGCACAGACGGGGAGCAGCCCUGAGGACCCCAGCGCACACAUUAAAGGCCACUGCUGUCUGUCACAUAAUUUUGUUCAUCAGUAUUUCGUUUUGGCUGCACACAGAUCCCCUUGGCAAGGGGAAGGAGGGCUCAGCAGGGCCACCCCCACUUCACACAGAGGCAGAAGCCCCGCGUCACAGGCGGGGCUCUGUCAGCACAGACCGCCCCCCUCCCCCCCAACCCUGCCAACUGUCUCAGCCCAGGUUGUGGAGAUCAACGUGUCCCGGUGUGCUCACGCACCAUUCAAAGCAGACGCUCGCUCGUCCCAUCCAGUAACGAAGGGAGUGCAUGGGGUGGGGGUGGGGUUGCUUUUGUUCUUUUAAUAUCUUCAGAAUAAAGUUUUGUCUCCGUGCA